CGCCUACGCUAAGGGUUCAGAGCCUGAGCUUCAAAACAUUACAAGGGACGAGCGAAUACUGCUUCCUGAAGGUCAUACCUCUGAUUCUCAAAUCCACGUGCCGAUCCCUUCAGACCUUGCGCAUGUCGCUGGCCUGAAUCUCGACUCAACAACAGAACAGAAUGUUUAAGAAAUGGCCCAUUUGACCUUUUGAGUGUACAUCUCAUCUGGCAACUCAUCUCGGCUGCGAGGCUUAUAUAGAUGGCGAUGGGAGCCCCUACGACCUUGAAUCACGGCCAAUGAAAUUUCCAGUUCAAUUGAUGUUACUAUUGAAGGCUUCCAACUGUGGCAAGCUUAACUCAUACCGAUGGCUGUACAAUGGGUUCGCAAAAGUCUUGGACCCCAACAUCACUGUUCAUCUGGAUGUAGGCACAAAGUUGGGCAAGCAGGCACUCUUCAAACUCUGGAAGGAAUUUGAUCUUGAACCGAUGCUUGCCGCCGCCUGUGGAGAGAUCACCUGUUCCUUAAAUGGGAGCUGGCUCAAUCUCCUCAAUCCUAUUGUUGCCGCCCAGAACUUUGAGUACAAGAUUGGAUUCCAGCUUGAUCGACCUUUGAAUCUGCGACAGGGUUCUUGUCACUCCUCCCAGGAGCAUGCUCAGCCUACAGAUACGUGGGGAGUAGCGGAAAGCCACUCGAGGACAUGCUUCUCGGCAACCCAACAUGGAUCCAGGGCCAUAACCGCGACCGCCCCGCUCUAUCUCCCGUCAACCUCAAUCGCCACCUCGCCGAUGACAGUGAUUUGCUUCAGAAUCAUUAGCAAGCCAAACACACACUGGCUUCUGAAAUACGUUCCUGUAACUGCUACUACCGAUAUUCCAAUGACGACAACGGACUCUGUCAACCAGAGACGACGAUGGCUUAAUGGAGCUUUCUUCUCGACUAUCUAUGUCUUGAAAAGAUGCGGACACUUGUGGAGGUCUGAUCAUACGAUUAAGCGGAAGUUGGCCUUUUUCAUCCCUCUUCUGCAUAGUAUCCUAGCCCUUGUCCUGGCUUGGUUCUCUCUCGCGGCAUUUCUACUCACGACUUUUACUAUUAAUAGUAUCUCGGGAGAUCCCCCAAAGAAUGCACCGACUGGCGGAUUCCCUUUUGGCAAGGCAACACCCAUUGUCAACGCCGUAAUCCAGAUCGUAUACUUGGCAACAGUACUAUUCCAGUUCAUCUUAGCUCUUGGAAGCCGGCCGAGGAAUCACCGAAUUAGUUACAUCAUCUCUUUCGCCAUAUUCGGUCUCGUACAAGCUUAUCUAAUCAUGAACUUGAUUUAUCUGGUCAAACGAGUUGCAGACUACAAGACUGAUGAUACUGGGUCAAGUAACUAUGCCUAUAUCGGGGAGUUCUAUGCCGAUAUUGGACAGAGCACCAUCAUCGUCGCUGGAUUCUCCGUGUUUGGGGUCUAUAUCCUGAGCGCUCUUCUGGCACUUGACCCUUUGCAUCUCCUUACCUCUUUUGCGCAAUUCCUCUUCAUAUCAUCGUCUUACGUCAAUAUUCUCAAUAUCUAUGUUUUUAGCAAUACCCAUGAUAUCAGCUGGGGCAGAAAAGGUCGGCACGAAGAUACCGAGGCAGGUCAGAGACAAGAAGGACCAAGGCCAGCAACUGUUGAGCGACGAUUUACCUUCUCCGAUCAAGAUCCGAACAUUCGUUCAGCUGAUACCCAGUGUGACAAAUCUCCUGAAGCCAGAAACAAGGAGUAUCAAGAGGCACUGACUCGAGCAACAGCUGAAGGCGAGACAGUAUACCGUGAGAAGAAGCGUCCCCAGGUGCUCGCCACAGCAGACGCAAUGAUGGAGUUUCGCACAAUCCUACUCGCGUCAUACAUAUUCUCAAAUAUCUUUGUAUGUCUCAUCGUCUUAAACGAUAGCCUCAAGAUACUGUGGUGGCUUGGAGACUCGUAUUGGCACAAGAUUUGGUUCUUUCGAAUAUGGCUGUGGGCCAACUCUAUUAGCUUUUUGAUCAGAUUUGUUGGCUGCUUGCUGUAUCGUGUUGGUAAGGUUUGGGAGAGGUUCUUUGGCACAAGCCUAUUCUAGGAAAUGAUCUACUGAUCUUUGUCUGGCAUUGAUUUUCUCUCUUAUAUCUGACAAAGGCGAAAUUGAGCGGUAUUCUCUAUAAAAUCAAGGGGAGGUAGGGAAACUUAAGGCUCCAGUCCUAAAUUAUGAAGAGUUGGGUAAAUUUAGGAUAAGUUUAAUUAAUAUUUAGAUGAACCAGUAUUUCAAGUUCCCUUACUACCCGAAUAUUCC